UUCUAUUGUGGAGAUUUAUUUUCAUACCCAUCUCUCCAAUUUCUGUUCUCAAAUCAUUCUCUUAGUACAAAAUUUGUAGUCAUGCCGGGGCAGAGAACCCAUCCGGUGAUCGGAAAGUUGUCGGAAUUAUUGGUUUCCGUUAACCGUGCCGGAUUAGUUUCAGAGACUACUACUAGUCCAAGAAGUCCAUUGGAUUUCAAAGCUCAAUCACCAAGAUGUGGCACAAAGUGUUAUGAGCUUGGUGGGGUUGGAUUGGGAAUUGUUGCUGCUCUUGAGAAACCAAGUGUCAAAGGACAUGGAAUUCUGGCCAAGUAUGCAGUAACUAGUCCUCGCAGCUCGACCCAAUGGGCUCCGAUUCCGGUCUAUUCCGGUAGAAAUGGUGGUGGGUUUGAUGAGGAGAUUGAUUUGGAGAAUUACACUUAUGUUACUUGUCAUGGACCAGACAACAAAUCCAUUACAAAAGUGUAUUAUGACGGCGGUGAUAAUGUUAGGAUUAACGUCUGUGAAGUGAAGGAAAAGAAGGAGAAGAAGAAGAGCACAAGAUCAUGUGUUGAUCAAAAUAUGUACCCAGUCGCAGAUUUUCUCAGUUGUUGUAAUUUGUGUAAGAAGCAGCUUCAUGGGAAAGACAUAUACAUGUACAGGGGUGAGAAAGCUUUUUGUAGUCCAGAGUGUCGAUCGAGGCAAAUAAUGGUGGAUGAGCGAAAAGAACAGUGUAGAUCAGAUGCUGCGAGAUCUGCAGAUUUGUCAAGCUCGCCUUACACGAGAGACCACAUCUUCUCUACUGGAAUUCUUGCGAUUUAGAUUCUUACUACUCUUAUUAUACGCCAAUACUAUACAUAUCAAAGCAAGCUAUAUGAGUUGCUCGGAGAGACGAAAUAAAAAAGGCAAAAUUUUGAGAAUUUAAGGAUGAAAAAGCUUUUGUAUCCA